AGGUUUGCUUUGAACAAACUCAUUCUGAGGCUGCUGCAGAGCCCAGCUUUGACACUUGUAGAAAACAAGGUUAUAAACGCUCCCCCCAUGUGGAAGCUAGAGAUUCUUCACUUAGAGUAAGAUUCCCAGAUGAGACAAGACUACCCUCACGUGGUCCAGAGAAAACUAGCAAGCAGCUCUAUGACGAGAAAACACAAAUUCGAGUUGGGAAUAAAAGCACAGACCGGCCUGAAUCCAGACUUGGAUCCAGGUCAGCUCACACCUUGUUCAGUGCAGCUAAAGGCAUGGCAGAUAUAGUGUCAAAACACUCCCAGAGUUUUGUAGACAGUAGUGAGUCUUUAUCAGAGCAAUCCCAAAGACAAUCUUCUCAGGGCAGCAGGACUAAUAACAUUGCAUCACGGAUAUGUCAAGCCCCUGUGCCAUUUCUGAAGAAAUCACUAAGUAUAGGCCCUUGUAGGACGCUCUCGGGCAUGGGACAGCCUCGUCCUUUCCUAAAGAAAUCCAUCAGUUUAGGCUCACAGAGGUGGGAGCACUAUGAGACCCCAAGGACUUACAUUUCUGAGAGGUGUUACUGGGACGAGUUUCCAAACCCAGAUGUCAGGGUGAAGUCCUACAGUUUGGGCCGCACUCCACCUUCCCUUCCCAGACCAGGCCCCUCUUGGCGGGAGUAUGUCCCAUUCAGACGCCCCAGCAUGGGGAGCCUAGAAAAGCCUCAUCAUGCACAAAGACCUUUAGCUAGUCCUUCCUACCUCACGCCCUCUAUGUACCCACCCAGACAAGCCUCACUCUCCCCAAUGCUGGAACCCUCCGAUCCACGACGGCAAGCCACUGUUUUCCCAGAGUCCUCCAGGUGGUCUCCCUCUUAUCAAGAAACUCUGAGGUCUGCCCAGCAUAAAUAUGUCCCCAUGCCCUCCUCCAUUCCUGUGCCCCAGUACCAACACUGGCCAGGAUCCAGAGGUGAAAGCAUGAGACCCAUGGACCCCAGGAGGGGCCCUCCGAGGUCCUACCUGCCUAGGGGCAUCAGCUGGCCUUCCCCUUAUUACACCCCCUUCCCACCCAGGGAGGGAGAGAGUUACAGACAUCCAGACAGGAUGAUGGGGAGGGGAGGGGAGCCUGAGAUCCGGGAGGUCAGAGAGAUCAGGGACGGAGGGAGGGCCAGUUAUGCCAGUCAGAGCAGUGGUAGGGGUAGCGCUGGUCUCUUCCGACACUCCCUGUCCAUCACUCCCACACUGCUCAGCUCCCCCGAAACCACAGAGGAGAGCGAGCGGCACAGAGCUGAGAUGGAGCUGCCUGAGAGGAGAGCGAAAAGAAGGAACACAUCAGUAGAUGAGAGUUAUGAGUGGGACUCUGCUGAUGCCUGCGUGGAUUCGGAGGUCCUGGAGGCCAUGAGGUUUGAUCAGUCACAAAUGGGCUUGCGGAGAGGAAGGGGGGAGCUCAGAUAUGAUCAAACCGGUGGCCUCCAGGACCAUCAACAGACAGGCCCAUCUCCCUCAGUCAGCCCGCCAGUUUCCAACCCACCUCGCUGCCAGUUCAGCCGCUCCCUAAGUGAGGCGCGCUUCAACGCUCUCCGCCAGGAGUACCAAGAGUACAGGCGGGCUCAGGAAUCCAUCUGUUCCCGUGAGCCCUGUCUCACCCCUGGCCACGAUUCAGACUCUGACACCAACUCCGCACUGCUCUAGCAGCUUAACCUGGUAUAUCUAACACAGAUACCAAAUAGCAGUUUUAGUGAACAGACGGCAGCACUGUGGUCCUGGACACGUCACACCUCGAUGGAGCUCUGUUGUGCGAAAGAACUCAUUGUUUAAAGUGUUUAUCCGUUGUUUCGACAGACUAAAAGAGUCAAGCAAUUUUAUGAGACAGAUUGAAACUGUUAUCAAAUGACAUACUCGUUCCACUGUGCAUAAUGAAGCUGAGAAGGGAUUAUUUAUUUUUCUAAGAAGCUCGUGCAGCUGUAUUUGGGGAUUUUGUUUUUUAAACUGUGACAAUCAGACACACAGGCAGCAGCGUGCUGCGCGCUACAUAUUGAAGGCUGUAUUUCAAGUUUAUGUCUAUCACAUCAAAGACUUCCCUUUAAUAAUAAAGGGAUGCUGAAGAAAAUUAUGUAGGUCUGUGUCCAAGAUAACAUCUGUUUGUGGAAAUGUCGCUUGUGUUCCCAGUCAAACAGUGCUCACAGCAUUUUUACCACCAGCUCCCUCUGAAUAUGACACAAAGUACUUAAAGAUCAUAUGAUUGGGCGACACUGAUAAUUGUACUUCGAUAGAAAAGCUCAUUUCAUGCUAUCUAACGUUCAUACCUCCAAACAAUAAUCUGUAUUUAAAAGAUGAAUUUGUUUAUUUUCCACUGUGAUUUACCUGCUGAUUUUCUGAAAUAAUUUCGUAUUUCAUACAGAUUAUCUGCCACAGUAACGUUCCCUUUAUUAAUCAAAUCACUUAACAUAGCCUCCCAGUAUUUGUUCAGAAAUGUACAAAUGUUUAUAUGUACCUUAAUGUGAAUGAACCCUGCUGUUGUAUUGUAAAUUCCUCUUCAUCAUUUCAUCAGAUGAAAAAAAUGCUACUUUACUCCACCUGAAUCAGUCACACUUUUUCCUCUGUGAUUAAAAAAAAAAAGAAAGAAACACUGUAAGACACAGGGGAAAGGAUUUUUGCCUUAUCUUUGUUAAUGGAACGAUGCUAGAUGAUUGACCCUGGAAGGGUUGAGUUGGCGAGCUAAUCAGACAAAACUGACUAGAGGAUUAAUUUUUUUUUAAUAUAUAUAAGUUUUGCUCACAUGAUAAGUAUUUCUGUAUAUUUAUUGAGGUGAGUUACGAUAUGCAACGAUGUUUACAAUUCACAUCACUGAUGUGAGGGCAGCACUGUGAAUAUUUCAUCCACUUCUGAUUCUGUAUUUGAAUUACAAGUCUGUCGUUAUGAAUUUUGUGCCCAUUAGUCUGUUUUUUUUUUUACUGAAAAAUGACAAAAGCUGUUUUUUUACGUCACCUGACAGAGAUUUAAAGAAUAUCUUUGUAGCUGUAUUUGGGAAAGAUUCAACAUGUUUUUAGAUUUAAUUUGUUUUUAGACAGACAGAUGACAUUCUUCAUAUGGAGUGAGUAUGCAUUUCUGAUGAUGAUUUUGGAAGUUUUGUACAAACUGGAAAUUUUUAUAUC